UCUCGACCUUUGCAUUUGCUUUCAGUUUUAUAUGAAUUAAAAAUCUAACCAACAAAACUCUCAAACCAAAUUUCGUACUACUUGUUUUCAGAAAAAAAAAAUAUAUAAAAAUAAACAACGAUAAUUAUAACAUUUAAAAACACACAGAGACACAAAUUUAAUGCAUGAAUUUGGUGCAUAUUCUGAACUGAUAUUUUAAAUCUAUGAUCUAUAAUGAUGGAAGGACCUCCUACCGAGUAUAGUUUACCCCCCAAGGAGAGCCACAGUAAGGGAGAACGUUCGACACGCCACCGCAAGCAUGAGGACUGCAAUUCAUCCGUUAGUACCGUGGCAGCCCAUGUGGUCGUCUCGACGACAGCUGGUAAACCCAAGAUGCCAAAAGCCGAAGCCAAGAAGCUAAGAAAAAAAUUAGUUGAGUUCGAGCAAGAGAAUCAAUCUUUGGCCAAGACCAUAACCGAUAAGAAUCAGGAGAUAAAUGCCCUCAAGAAAUCUGUAGAGUCGCUCAAUGAUGUCCUCAAUUCGGUGCCCAUUGAUGAGUUGCGUUGCAAUUCAUCCAUAGCCUCAACCAAGAUACUUGAGUUGAGUAAAAAGAAUCGACAAAUGCGCGCCGAAUUGGAACAGAUGAAGAAUCGCAUGAACAAGAAGGAUAUGCAGAUUGAGAAACUGGAGAAGGAAAUGAAGGCAAACGAGGACAAGAUGCAACAGCAUCAGGAUCUGGUCAAGAAGGGGAACAGUGCUGAUGAUCUUCAAGCAAAGAUCUCGAAUAUGCAACAGAAACUAUUUGAGACGCGUAACAAGAACACCGAAUUGCAAAAUCAAUUGAAAAUGGCCCAAAAGUGCCUGCAGCAUGAGAUUGGAGGCGAGAAUUUGAAUAUCAAUACCCUGGCCAAUAAUCUCAAUCAGGCCAAUUGGCGUGGCAGGGCCCAACAGAUACUGACCCUUCAGACGAAGGUGCAGGAGCUGAAAGCUCGCUUGGAUUCCUAUGAGGAGCGUAUGCCCGAUCGAGCCGAUUAUGUGCCAGUUCCGUUGGGUUCCGAUUUAGAUAUGACAGCCAGAACUGCAACUCCUCGCACCAUGCAGUGCAAUUCGAUCGGCUCCGGUGGCGGUGGCGGCGGUGAUGGCAACUCCGGUGGAGCCACAUUCGAUCGCUUUACCCCGGGCGUACGCAAGAGUGAGAUACUCCACAAGGCAAAAGUGGAGGCAUUGGAGAAGGAGAUAUUAAGUCUACAGACACAGCUCGAUGAUCAGCGUAAUCGCACAUUGGCAUUAAAGGUGCGCAACAAGAAUCUCAAUGAGGAGAUGCUCAAGUACAAGAUGCGAUCCUCUGAACUGGAGGAGCAAACCGACUGUAAUGGCAUUAAUAUAAACACAAUGAACGACAAACUAAACCGACAGCGUCAUCAGUAUGAGAGUCGUUUGGAUGAUCUACGAAACGAAUUGAUUCGUGUCACCGAGGAGCGUGAUACGGCCAGAAGGCAAAUGGAUGAACUGAGUGGCAUGAAUCUGGAGCUGCAGACCACGAUGAAGCAGAAGGAGGUCUGCAUGGAGAGUCUACAGGAUAUGGUAAAGAAACUGGAAACAGAUCUAAGAGCUGUUACCGGUGGCUUUCUCUUCUCCUGUCGCGAGUUUCGUAAGGAAGAAUUUGUUGGCAUUCUGGAUGCCUUAGAGGUGGAAAAGAACCAGUUGAUGCUGCUGAAUAAGACAUUAACCGAUCGAGUCGAGACCGAACGAGGUAAGAGCGAAACGACGCUUGAGCAAAAUGCCAAAUUGAAGACACGCAUCAGUCGCAUGGAGGCGAAAAUUCGAGAGUUGGAGAAGGAACUGGAUGUGCAAUCGGAUAAAAAGAAGCGUACCCAACGCAUGGCCGAUUAUGCCAAUUCAUUGAGUCGCACCUCUCUGAGCGGUUCCAUUGGUUCAUUUAGUUUUGAGAAUCAAUCGCAAUAUCAAUCCAUCAACACCCUAAAUACGGCAAGUGAGACCAACAAAACGGAGGAUCUUAAGAAUCAAUUGGAGCUGGCAAACGAGAAGAUCACUUUGCUGACCGAGAAAUUGAAUUAUUUGACCGAAGAAAAGUUAGCGGAUGCCAAAUUCUUUGACGAAACUAUAAAUAAUUCAAAGACAAUUAUAUUGGAUACCAUUUUGAACUCACGCGAUGGCAAAUUGGUGGUUCUAGCAGAACCGACGACUAGUGAGAGCAUCUAGUUGUUGGUACUAACUAAUUUCCACCACCCAAUUCCAGCUCUCACUUCUCCCAUUUCGCAAUCUACCUACCAUAUAUAUAUAUAUAUAGAGAGAGAGAGAUAUGUAUAUAUAUAUAUAUAUGUACAAUCUCCAUUGAAAUUGUUUUUACCCAUUUAUUGUCUUGUUAUUUUAAAAUUGUUCCGGAUAUCAACAAAAAAAAUGAAAAAAAAAAAAUUAAAACCAGCCACAGGAGGAGGCAAUCAUUUAUAGAUGACCCCAAUUCCAAGCUUAAAUUUCAAUUAUUAAAAUUAUAAAAAGAAAGAGUUUCCAA